AUGCCUUCGAAUGAAUCUAGCCCGCCCGCCAAGGGCCUCGGUCACUUACGACACAUCCCCAUCUCCUACGACAGCGACAAUCCCAGCUCUUCGGCUCGAGAGCUCAUCCUCGCCCUGCGUCCCGACUGGGCCAGCCCUGACUCGAAUAUCGAAUUUAUACCCUUCAAGGACGGCAUCACCAACACCCUGCUGAAGGCCGUCAACCGGAAAAAUGGCCUGUCCGACGACGAGAUCGACAAGGAGGCUGUCCUAUUGCGGGCGUAUGGCCACGGCACCGACGUGCUCAUAGACCGCCACCGCGAGACCCAGAAUCACGAACUGCUGAUGAGAUGUGGCCUAGCCCCCGAGCUGCUGGCCCGCUUCGACAAUGGCAUGUUGUAUCGCUACAUUCGUGGCACCCCCACCCAGCCCGCUGACCUGAGGAAGCCCUCGAUCUAUCUAGCCGUUGCCAGGCGGAUAGCCCAGUGGCAUGCCACCGUUCCCUGUAUCCAUGAGACCCACGUGCAGACGAACGGAGCGAACGGCUCCGCGAACGGCUCUCACCAGGCCAAGAUCGAUCACGCUGCGCCCGGGAAGCCCCCUCCGAACGUCUGGACGGUCAUGCAGAAGUGGAUUCUGGCUCUGCCCACCGAGACCGAGGCUCAGCGUAGGAGGCAAGCCAACCUUCAGCGAGAGCUGGAUUCCCUCAUAGAGGAACUGAGCCAGCGUCCCGGAUUAGGCGAGAACGGCCUCGUCUUUGCCCACUGCGAUCUCCUGAGCGGGAACGUCAUCAUCGAACCGCAGAGCACCGAGAAGGCGAACGGCCGCCAAACGUCGGUCAGCUUUAUCGACUACGAAUACGCCACCCCUUCGCCGGCGGCGUUCGAUCUAGCCAACCAUUUCGCCGAGUGGGGCGGCUUCGAGUGCGACUACACCGCGAUGCCGACCCGCGCGCAGCGGCUGGAAUUCAUCCGGGAAUACGUCCGCACCUACUUCAAGCUCGUGCCGAAGCGGCCCAGCGACGUGGACGAGGAGGAGGAGACGCAGAAGCUGCUGGAGGAGACGGACGUGUUCCGGGGCGUGCCGGGAUUCUACUGGGGCAUCUGGGCCCUCAUCCAGGCCACCAUCUCCCACAUCGACUUCGACUACGCCGAGUACGCCGAGCUGCGGUUAGGGGAGUACUGGGGCUGGCGCGAAUCGACGGACGAGGCUCGCGGCCGCGCCGGCAAGGGGCUGUCGGCGCGCGAGAAGAGGUGGGCCCAAUUGGAAUAG